AACCAGGAAGUCAGCUAAGAAGGAGCACUACAACUCUCCUGCUCUCCUCUCUCAGAUGUGAGUAAAAUGGCUGAGGACAGUAAUAUUUCAGUGGACCAUCUUCAGUUCAGCUGUUCAAUCUGCCUGGAUUUGCUGAAGGAUCCGGUAACCACUCCAUGUGGCCACAGCUUUUGUAUGUUAUGCAUUAAUGACUUUUGGGAUCAGCCUGUUCAGAAGGGAGUGUACAGCUGCCCUCAGUGCAGAGAGACGUUCAUGCCGAGACCUGUCCUACGCAGGAAUAAUGUCAUGGCUGAAGUGGUGGAGAAGCUCAAGUGGAAAGACCUAAGCAGUGCUUCUGCUACUCCUUCUGGCUCAGAAUCAGGAGAUGUGGAGUGUGACAUCUGUUCUGAAAGCAAGGCGAAGGCUGUCAGGUCCUGUCUGGUGUGUCUGGCUUCGUUCUGUAAGACUCAUCUCAAACCUCACUUUGAAUCAUCUGUUUUUAAGAAGCAUAAGCUAGUCCAGGCAUGCAAACAGCUGCAAGACAAAAUCUGCUCUCGUCAUGACAAACUAGUAGACUUCUACUGUCGAACAGACCGGACAGUCAUUUGUGCAUUGUGUAUGUUAGAUGAACAUAAAGGUCACAACAUGGUUUCGCUAGCUUCAGAAAGAACUGAAAAACAGAAGCAGAUAAGUGAAAUGCAGAGGAAAUCCCAGCAGAACAUCCUGGAGAAGGAGAAGAAACUCCAAGACCUUAAACAGGCUGUGAACACUCUUAAGAGCUCUUCACAGGCAGCGGUGGAGGAAAGUGAGAGAAUCUUUACCGAGAUGCUUCUCUUCAUUGAAGAAAAGUGUUAUGAGGUGACCGAACUCAUCAGGGCUCGGGAGAAAGCUGAACUGGGUCAAGCUGCAGGACUGCAGGAGCAGCUGGAGCAAGAGAUUGCUGAGCUUAAGAAGAGAAACACUGAGCUGGAGCUGCUAUCAGACACAGAGGAUCAUGUAUGCUUCCUCCAGAGGUUCCAGACUGUCUGCUCCACUACUAAAGCUAAGGACUCACCCCUGGUGACUAUAAAUCAACAUAUUUCUUUCGACGUAGUGAACAAAUGGCUCUCGGACCUGAAAGAGCAAUUUGAGGAAGUCUGCAAAGAUAAAUUCAACAAAAUCAAUCCAAAUGUUGCCAAAAUUCAGAUGAUUUUACCCUGUGAACCAAAGACCAGAGAGGAAUUUCUCCAGUAUUUUUGUCACCUGUCCCUGGACCCCAACACGACAAAUGAGGCGCUAUGGCUUUCUGAUAACCUCAGGAAAGUAUCACGUGGUGGAAAACUCAACCCGUAUCCUAGUCAUCCAGAGAGAUUUGAUGGUUAUGGUCAGGUGCUGUGUAAGCAGAGUGUAUGUGGACGCUCUUACUGGGAGGUUGAAUGGAGCAGGGGUGGAUGGGUGUACAUCUCAGUGUCGUAUAAAGGGAUCAGCAGGAAAGGACGUGGUAAGGAAUGCUGGUUUGGACACAACGCUCAGUCCUGGAGUCUGGAGUGUAGCUCCACUCUGUCAUUCUGGCACAACGACAUACAGACCAAGAUUUCUGGCCUGCUAUCCUCCAGAAUCGGAGUGUAUUUAGACCACAGUGCAGGAACUCUGUCUUUCUACAGCGUCUCAGACACGAUGACUCUCCUGUACAGAGUUCAGACCACGUUCACUGAGUCGCUCUACCCUGGGUUUUGGGUCAAUGCUCUUGCAACUGCUAAGCUGUGUUACUCUAUAGAAUGAAAAUAAAACCCCACACAUUCUUUACACUGUCAUUAUGAAUAUGUGUUAUGAGAAAUAAGCUGUGUAACUGAUUACACAUGGUUUGUAUUUUAAUACUGGGAUUAUAAAGACUGUUGUGGUUCUGUGCUGUUGCCUGGAAGGUUGUGAGCUUAAAUCCUGAUGCCACUGUUGAGCUUUUAAAUAAAACCUGUAGCCUUAAAUUAACAUUUACAGCUCAUAAAGGUGUCCUCCCAAAUGAAUAACUGUAAAUAUAUUUAUACAUAUAUAUACACAUUUAAAUAUUUGUUGCUGUAAAAUUAUAUUUAAAAGCAAUAUAGUAGAUAUUUAUUACUUUUUAGAUGUAAGUGAGCAGAGCACAUAUUUAUGCUGUGUGUGUGUGUGUGUUUGUGUGUGUGUGUGUUUGUGUGUGUGUGUGUUCUAAUUCAUGCAAUA